AUGGUUUUUCAAGCAUUGUUUGUGAUUGUGUCAUCGACAUCGCAGCGGCUCUCCCGAGCGCUCUCCGCCGUCGCCGGCGGCCCAGUAGCAGAGCUGCUGCUGCCACGCGUGCACACGGCCCUCUCGCGCGACAUCGGCGCCACGCCAGGCCAGCGGCUCGUGGUCUCCGUGAGCGGUGGCUGCGACUCGGUGGCUCUGCUGCACCUGCUGCUGGCGCUGCAGCCGCGCUGGCGGCUACGCCUGCACGUGCUGCACUUCAACCACGGCCUGCGCCCUGAGUCGGGCGACGAGGAGGCCUUCGUCCACGCACUGGCGGAGAGGCACUCCCUGCCGGUGCACGUGCGGCGGCUGCCGGCGGGUUGGCGGGAAAGCCAGCCGGGCGGCAUCCAGGAGAGGAGCCGGGAGUGGCGCCGCGCGGAGAGCCUCGCGCUGCUCGACGAGCUCGACGCCGCGGGUCCGCCGCAAUUCUCCUCAGCCGACGCCGACUUUGCGGACGAGCCCGGUGCCGCGUCACUCGUGGCGCUGGCGCACCACGCCGAUGACCAGGCGGGGGCGGCGGUGUUGGGAGGAGGUGGAACGCGGCGCGUGUCUGUCACGUGCCUCGGCGUGGGUAGGCGGAGACGCAACCUGCGAGGGAUGGAGUGGCGCGCGGGCCGGUUCGUGCGGCCGCUGCUCGGCGUGCGCAAGGAAGAGCUGUCCGCGUACCUGGGCGCGCUGGGCGAGGGCUGGAGGGAGGACGCCACGAACGCGGAGCCAACCUACAAGCGGAACCGCAUCCGCCUGCAGCUGCUGCCUCUGCUCGAGGAGCUCACCGGCGGGGGGCUCCUCGCGCGGCUCGGCGCCGCGAGCGAGCAGUCGGCGCAGCUGCGCGAGUGGCUCGACCAGGCGCACGCCUCCAACACCCCGCUCCAACACCCCGCUCCAACUCCGACUGCCCGCUCCAACUGCCCCCCGAGCAGGCGCACGCCGCACACCGUCGGCCGCCUCUCCCUGACGCGGGACGCGUUGCGGCGCGAGUGGGUGCUCGAGCUAUCCGGCGGCUGGCUGCUCCGCCGGACGGGCGCCACGGUCUCCAUCGCCGGCGCAGAGGUGGCAGCCGCCGAGCCCGCAGAAAAGGGGCACGUGCCGCUGACUGCCUCUGAGCGUGACACGACUGCUGUACAGGCGUCGGUCGCCGAGCUCGCGGUGGGCGAGGCUGGCGUGCGGCUCCGCCACCCCGCGGAGCUGGCCGUGCGGGCGGGGGUGGCCAAAGGGCCGCGGGCCGAGCUGCCGCCCGGCGCGCUCGCCCUCCGCCUCGGCGGCCUCGGCAGCGAGCGGGAGCUGACGCUACGCGAGUGGAGGCGUGGCGACCGGUUCCACCCGCAGGGGCGUCGGGCGCCCGUCUCGCUCUCGCACUUUCUGCGCGGGCUCGACGUGCCGCUCGACGAGCGGCGGCGGGCGCCCCUCCUCUGCCUCCCCAACAGCAGCACCGUGGUGGCCGUCUGCAGGCCGGCGCACGUGGGCAGCGGCUUUGAGGUCGCGGCGCCGUCGCCCGGCGCAGAGGCAGCGGCCGAGGAGCCGUGCCUCUGGGUGCAGAUUCUGGACCAGUAG